UAUUGAAUCAAAAACCCUAAUUGAAAAACCCUCUUCUUCCCCUCCGUCAGCUCUGAGUCUUCCGGCACCGGAAGGGGCACGCUCUCUGUGGACCAGAAUCGGUGUUGGCUAGAAGGAUGGAGCAGAGAUUAGUUAAUGCGUGCCGAAUGACGGUGAAUGAGAAGAGUUUCAUCGAAACGGCGCUGCUUUCCGACCUCAGAAUCGAUGGCCGCGGGCCUUUUGAUUACCGGAAUGUGACGAUACAGUUUGGUGGUGAAGAUGGGUUGUCUGAGGUACAACUGGGUAAGACACGUGUGAUGGGGUUCGUAACGUCCCAACUGGUGCAGCCUUAUCGGGACCGCCCGAAUGAAGGAACUCUUGCAAUCUUUACGGAGUUUUCUCCAAUGGCUGACCCUUCAUUUGAAGUAGGUCGUCCCGGAGAAUUUUCCGUGGAAUUGGGGCGCAUUAUUGAUCGCGGGUUGAGGGAAAGCAGGGCCGUGGAUACAGAGUCACUUUGUGUUGUUGCGGGAAAAUGGGUGUGGUCCAUUCGUAUUGACCUUCACAUCCUAGACAAUUGUGGAAAUCUGAUCGAUGCCGCGAACAUUGCUGCUCUAGCUGCACUUUUGACAUUCAGAAGGCCUGAGUGCACAAUCGGGGGAGACGAUGGCCAGGAAGUCAUAAUACAUCCGCCAGAGGUGAGGGAACCCCUUUCAUUGAUUGUACACCACCUACCAAUAGCAGUGACCUUUUCAUUCAUCGGUGAAGAGAGUAGAGUGGUAAUUGAUCCAUCACACUUGGAAGAAGCUGUUAUGGGAGGGAGACUGACAGCUACAGUGAACACGAAUGGCGAUAUCUGUGCUAUUCAAAAAACUGGACAAGGCGUCAUACAAAGUGUCAUUAUGCAAUGCUUACGGAUUGCAUCUGUGAAGGCUGCUGAUAUAACCGAGAAAUUAAAGAAAGCUGUUGAGGCAUACAAUGCCACCAGAUCUUUGAAGAAAAUCAAACGGCACCCUGACAAUGUUAAUGUAAAGAAAGCUACCCAAGAAGGAGCAUCAAAGGACAUUAAGAACCCUAAAUUGGAAACAGAGAAUAGUAGCAUCAAUCAAAGCGACAUGGAGGUUGAAUUCAAUUCAUCAGAAAAAGAUGGAAGCAUUUUGGAGGAGAAGAAACCAGAAGCUUUCGUUGGUGGACCAUCUAAUUGGGAUCCAUAUUCCAAGGGCAUUGACGCCGAAGAAUUGAAGUCAUCUCUUGCUUCACAAGCCUUAGACAACCCAGAAAAGAAGAGUAAUUCAGAAUUGUCGCAUGUCACUCAACAAUCCCUUGAUGAUUCAAAUAUGUCCUCCUCCCCAAAGGAGGAUUGCGCGGAACCUGAAGAACUGAUCAGCAACUCCAAGUCUCUAAAGGAUGCUGUUAAGCCCAAACGCAAGAGAAAAAAGAAAAACCAGUCAAAUACGGAUGGAAGCUAAGGUGCGUGAGGAACAUACAAGCUGCUCCCAUUGGAACAAUCUUCUGAUAUAAAACUAUAUACAGGUUGUAUAACUGCGGAUCUGGCGAAGGAUUGCAUUACAGUUACAGGUAUGUUGUUGAUUACAUUACAUGGAGCUUCUACAGUUGUUGAAUGUGACAAAUCCUUAGGAUGAGCAUAGCAUAGGCGUCAUUGGAUUGAUUGCAUUUUGUUCCUUUUUCUUUUUACCUGUUAAAGGUUCGAUUAUGUGAAAAGAGCUUAGGUAUACCUGAACCUGAAUAGUCAUAAAUUGGCCGUAAAUUUUGAAGAAGAAAACAUAGGAAUGGUACAAACUGGUGAUUAUUGCAUGAGAAAUGGGAAUUAGAAUUUUGCAUAUUAUUCAUUUUGAGUUUCACUUGAUUUAGUUGUGAUUUCCGGCACUUAUUGCUAAUCCAGUAAAGAAAGAAAGAAAGAUUUAUACUUGUCUUUUCCUUAAUUAAUUAUUAUCAAUCCCCUUGCUAUUCUGCUACAGGUUUUAUUAAAAAAUAAAUGCAUGCAGUGUGAGUGAAUGAGUGAGUAUGGGCAUGAGUAUGAUGAGUCAGUCAUCUUGAUAAAUUAGAUUGGGGUGGGGUGGGGUGGGGUGUGCAGACAUACACAAUAAAUGUAGUAAGCAAUAAUAAAUUGUGGUCAGCGGUGUGUCACGAAUACAAAUAGAAAUAGAGAGCAAUUUAACCAACCACAAAGCAAAGGAAAACAUAUACACUCACACUCGAUGGAGGCAAUCAAGUAUUCAAGUCCACAUGCAAAUGAAUCCCAAUUCAUUUCUCAUUUACUACUACAACUGCUGAUAAAAUCCAAUAGAAAAGAGUGUCGACGCAGCGCAGCCCCCCACCUCACCUCACCUCUCCUCUCCUCUCCUGCGCAAGGAAGGGGCUUUUACUCUGCACAACCACCUCCAUACCCUCCCAUUAAUGUAAUGUAAUGUAUUUAUUGCCUUUAUGUAUGCAUGUCUCUCAUUCAUUCAUUCAAUCAAUCUCUCACAUAUUACACUAACUAACUAGCAAGGGACCGCCGGAGGAGGAGGAGGAGGAGGGCAAGGGAAACUUGGAAUUCCUACCUACUUUCUUUCUUUAUUGUAUAUCGAUAGAUUAGAUUAGAUUAGAUUA